GUCCUCAACUAGGCGCGCUUGGAAACCGAGAUUUCAGCACAGAGUGAAGGAAGUUGAAGACAUCUACAGAUGUGUGUCUGAAGAUGGAAUCAAAGCAGGUGCCCCAAAACCAUCCCCAUGGGGUUGGUGUAUUUGUGUCACACACCCCUAGCAAACCUGCAGAACACAAGUUACCCCCACUGCAAAGUCACAGGAGCAAACUUCCCCCUGUCAGAAAGUACCCUGUGAUUGAGCAGAAAGGGUACUACUCCGAGCUCAUCACUACAGCAGCAAAACCACACCUACAGUCCUGUACAGAUGGGCCAGAAACCCAACAGAGCUUACUGUGUCAAGCGGGCUAUGAGUCCAAUACUCCUAAAGUAACCACAUUCCGGACUCCAUCUGACCUGCACAGUCUGGUUGAGAGGGACAAGCAUGGACCCACCACCCAGCACCAGCAGCACACUGACUUCUCCACUGGAGGUUACACAGCCAAAGUCCAGCUGCCCUACCACAGCCUGCCUGGACAGCACCCCCGCAAGAUAGAGAUAGAGAGGCGCAGACGGGAGUACCUGAAGCUGGAUAUUGCCCAGCUCCUGACAGAGCAAGGCAUAGACUCCAACCUCCUGAUGCCUCGACACCAUAGCAUUGAAGAACAUGUGACCACACCAGAGAAUCCACUCCCUCCUGUCUCAAACUACCUACCUCUGGAGGUGUUUGACAAUGAGGAGUUUGACUGUCGCACUCCUCAAGACUGGCUUGCCCUGGGCUAUGAAAACGAAUCAACUGAUCACAAACCCAUACCUGCCAAAGCUCUGCUGCCCACCACUGACAAUAUACCACCAGAGGACCCCAAAAGCCCCAACCUGGAGUACAGCUGGCAGUUUGUUGGGGUUCUUGACUACAGCCAGGAGAAAGGGCUUUAUCUGGUCCAGAAGGCCGACAAGAAUGGCAGAGUGAGGGAUGCCAAUGGAAAACCAGUCCUAAAUGAAGGACAGAGAACAAUAGGUGUGUUUCUGCUGUCAGCCACUCAGUACUGGAUUUCCAGGAUCAGGCUGCUGUUCAGUGCAGAGGACCCUCGUCUGUUUUCCCAGCGGGUGCAGUUUGCCCAGCGCUGCAGAGAGAACACAGAGGCCCUGCUGCUCUACCACCUGUCUGUAGACUGUAUGCCAGUGUGGAGUGGCACCUCGUCUCUCAAUGCACAAAGUCUUGCCCGUGUCAAAGAGCAUGCCCUCUCUACACCUGGCCUUCGACUCAAACUGCUGCAGGAGUGUAUUGUACGUCUGGAGAAGGAGAUCAAUCUGGAGUAUGACCGCACCAUGAACCGGAUCAGCUUUGACAGGGUAGUGCUCACCAACCCUGAGGAUUUCUCCCACAUCACCCUGCCCCAGAGAGAGCCAGAACGUGUGCCCCAGAAUGGCUUUGUGUCUGUCCCUACAUACCCCUUUGAGAAGAACCGUGCUGCGUUUGCCUUCAACUCCCUGCUCACCAAGCCGGAGGUGAUCUCUGCCUUGUCCAAUGUGCGGGGCGAGUGCAACAGGGUGGCUGCUAUGAGUCUGUUCCAUAUCACCUUCACCAAGUCGUUGCGUCUAGAAGAGUUUGAGCUCACCCAGUCUCAGACACAUGCACAGGUGCAGCUGUUCCUGCGGGACUCAUGGGUGACCACCCUGUGCAAGGGCAUCCACACCAGCCUGAGAGAUGUGGGCCCUGGCUGGUUUAGUCUGACGGAGUCCCGCUGGGAGGUAUACAGGAUGUCCAAGCUGUGCAGCCUCAUGGCCCUGGUGCGCUACAGCCUGCAGGACUCACUGCGCUUCCUGGUGCAGGACUCCCUGGUCAGCCUGGCUCAGCUGCUGCUGGAUGCCUGCCACAGUGUUCUCCACUGCCCACAGGACCUGAUCUGGGGCUCCAACCUCAUCAACAGCCCCUACAAGCCGAAGAAGAACCCGCUGUUCUUGGUAGAUCUGGUUCUGGAUGUGACUGGGGUCCACUACAGCACUCCUCUGGAGAAUUUUGAGACUUCCAUCAUUACCCUGUUUGAUAAGGGGAUCCUUUCCACCCACAAUGUGCCUCAGCUGGAUAAGUUUGUGAUGCAGAAGAUGUUCAUCAGUGGCACUCCUCUGUUGGAGUCAGUGGGUCUGUGGGAGCCUGCGGUGGCAGAGCUGAGGGAGAGGGUCCGUGCCGCCUUGCGUCAGGCUGCCAUCCCACUCCGGGCCUACGCCCGCGAGUAUGAGAGAUACCUAGAGCUGCACAACUCAGACAUAGAGACCUUCCUUAAGGCCCACAGCCAGGAGGAGCAGACUCCCCAGGAGGUGAAGAGGGAGGUGGUACAGCACCUAAAGGAGAAGGAGCGUCUAGACCACUCCUUCCCAUCCUCCAUCGUCAUUGGCCCCUUUACCGUCAGUGUGGAGAGUGUCCGCCAGAGCCUGUCCAAGAAACGCAGAGCCCUGGCUAACGCCGUGCUCGACCGGCUUGCCCUCAAGCUCCGCAAGCAAGUGGAGGACGCAUGUGAAGAGUGUAAGGCUGUCAGCAGGAAGCUGCAUGAGAAGCCGAACAGCAUUGAGGAGCUGACCGACCAACGUGAAUGGAUGAAGCAGAUCUCAGAUCAGCUCAAGGCCCAUGAGGAGCUCCUAUCCAAAGCCAUGUCAGACUACGAGUUGAUCGAUGAGUUCUUCUACACCCUGUCAAAUGAGGACUUCAAUGGAAAGUGGACAGCCAUUGGGUGGCCACAUAAGAUUGUGACCCAGAUGGAGAUGGUGUCGUCCCAGCAUGUUGAGGAUGAAGAACGCUUCAACAAGAUCCAGCAGGCUGACCAGAACAACUUCCAGGAGCGCCUGGACUCUCUACAGAUGGUGGUGGCUGGCUUUUCUGGGUACACGGACAUCAGCCGAGCCCACGAGGUGGCCAACGAGGUACGACGUGUGGGCAAGCAGCUAAAGGAGUCCCAGACCAUGGCCCAGACAUACAACAACCGGGACCGUCUGUUUGGCAUCCCUAUCACCAACUACGACCGUCUGCAGAAGCUGAUCAGGGACUUCCAGCCGUUCAGAGACCUGUGGACCACCACGUCAGACUGGCUGCGGUGGCACGAGAGCUGGCACAAUGAUCCCCUUUCCAUCAUUGACCCCGAGCAGCUGGAACGCAACGUCACAGACGCCUUCAAGACUAUGCACAAGUGUGUCAAAAUGUUCAAGGACAUCCCCGCGUGUCAGGAGGUGGCUGCUGACAUCCGGGGGAAGAUAGAUGACUUCCGUCCCUACAUCCCUCUGAUCCAGGGCCUGAGGAAUCCUGGGAUGAGGGGCAGACACUGGCAGCUGCUGUCAGACCGCAUCCACAUGAAUGUCAAGCCCAAGGCCAACCUCACUUUCUCCCGUUGCCUGGAGCUAGGCCUGCAGGACCAUGUGGAUGAGAUAGCACGGGUGGCCGAGGUGGCAGGGAAGGAGUACGCCAUCGAACAGGCUCUGGAUAAGAUGGAGCAUGAGUGGUCGACGGUGGCCUUCGAGGUGUUGCCCUACAAGGAGACAGGCACUUACAUCCUGAAGAGCCCAGAUGAGGCGUCACAGCUGCUGGAUGACCACAUCGUCAUGACCCAGAGCAUGUCUUUCUCCCCCUACAAGAAACCCUUUGAGGAACGCAUCAGCACGUGGGAGAGCAAGCUCAGGAUGACUCAGGAUGUGCUGGAAGAGUGGCUGACCUGCCAGCGCUCUUGGCUUUACCUGGAGCCUAUCUUCAGCUCUGACGACAUCAACCGCCAGUUGCCUGUAGAGGGAAAGAGGUACCAGACCAUGGAGCGCACCUGGAGGAAAGUGAUGAAGAGCGCCUAUGACAACAAACAGGUAAUUGACCUGUGCCCGGACCCCCGUCUGUUGGACAGUCUGAGGGAUUGUAAUAAGCUGUUGGAGCUGGUGCAGAAGGGUCUGAGCGACUACCUAGAGACCAAGCGUGGCUCCUUCCCCAGGUUCUAUUUCCUGUCUGACGACGAGCUCCUGGAGAUUCUCUCCCAGACCAAGGAUCCCACAGCAGUACAGCCUCAUCUGCGCAAAUGCUUUGAGAACAUUGCACGGCUUAAGUUCCAGUCAGACCUGCAGAUCACUCAUAUGUACUCUGGGGAGGGGGAGGAGGUCAAGCUCUGCCUGCCAGUGUGGCCCUCUGGGAAUGUGGAGGACUGGCUGAGAGAGGUGGAGAAGUCUAUGAAGGCCUGUCUGAGGGACAACAUUGAACGCUCGCUGAAGGUCUAUCCACAGCAACCACGUACAGAGUGGGUGUUAUCAUGGCCUGGGCAGGUGGUGAUCGCUGGCUGCCAGACCUUCUGGACCACUGAGGUGUCAAAUGCACUGGAGCAGGGAGACCUGACUGACCGACUCUAUCCCCAGCUACAAACACAGCUGGGAGACCUGGUGCAGCUGGUGAGGGGCCGCCUGUCUAAGAUGCAGAGAGCCGUUCUGUCUGCCCUCAUCGUCAUAGAGGUCCAUGCCAAGGACGUGGCAGCCAAGCUGGUAGAGGAGGGCGUCUCCAGCAUCAAUGACUUUGAGUGGAUCAGCCAGCUCAGGUAUUACUGGGCUCGAAAUGACCUGUAUAUCCGGGCGGUGAACGCAGAGUUCCUCUAUGGAUAUGAGUACCUGGGCAACUCCGGACGCCUGGUCAUCACCCCACUCACAGACCGGUGCUACCUGACCCUGACAGGGGCACUGCACCUGAAGUUCGGAGGGGCCCCUGCGGGUCCAGCAGGAACAGGGAAGACAGAGACCACUAAAGACUUGGGGAAAGCCCUGGCUAUCCAGACUGUAGUCUUCAACUGCUCGGAUCAGCUGGACUUCAUCGCCAUGGGCAAGUUCCUCAAGGGACUGGCCAGUUCUGGAGCCUGGGCAUGUUUUGAUGAGUUUAACCGCAUUGAUGUGGAGGUGCUGUCAGUGGUGGCCCAACAAAUCGCCACCAUCAAUAAGGCCCAGCAUCAGAGGGCGGAGCGAUUUGUGUUUGAGGGGCAAGAGAUCCCUCUUGUUGCGUCUUGUGCUGUUUUCAUCACCAUGAACCCUGGUUACGCCGGCCGCACUGAACUACCAGAUAACCUAAAGGCUCUGUUCCGUCCUGUUGCUAUGAUGGUCCCUGAUUAUGCUAUGAUCGCUGAGAUCUCUCUCUACUCCUUUGGCUUCAGCGAUGCUAAAGUCCUCUCCAAGAAGAUCACCACCACCUUCAAACUGUCCUCCGAGCAGCUCAGCUCCCAGGAUCACUAUGACUUUGGUAUGAGAGCUGUGAAGACCGUGAUCUCUGCUGCUGGAAACUUGAAGAGGGAGAAUCAAGAUAUGAAUGAGGAACUGAUCUGUCUACGGGCCAUACGAGACGUCAACGUCCCCAAGUUCCUCCAAGAUGACCUCAAGCUUUUCAACGGCAUUGUGUCCGAUCUCUUCCCCAAGAUACGGGAGGAGCCCAUCGACUACGGCACCCUGGAGAAGUCAAUUCGCAAUGUGUGUGCCAAGAAGAACCUCAAGGAUGUGGAUGGAUACAUCACCAAGUGUAUUCAGCUGUAUGAGACUACUGUUGUGAGGCAUGGACUGAUGUUGGUGGGACCGUCCGGCUCCGGAAAAACCAAGUGUUAUGAGAUCCUAGGGAAAGCGAUGACGGCUCUGCAGGGCCAGGUCUCUGUAAGUGGUGGUGUUUAUGAGGCUGUACAGACCUAUGUCCUCAACCCCAAGUCCAUUACCAUGGGACAGCUCUACGGGGAGUUUGACCUGUUGACACAUGAAUGGUCGGAUGGUAUCCUGUCCUCUCUGAUCCGUGGGGGGUCGUCCUCCAUGGACGAGGAGAAGAAGUGGUACAUGUUUGAUGGGCCAGUGGAUGCUGUGUGGAUCGAGAACAUGAACACUGUGCUGGAUGACAAUAAAAAACUCUGCCUGAGCUCUGGAGAGAUCAUCAAGCUCACAGACGUGCAGACGAUGAUGUUUGAGGUGCAGGACCUGGCGGUGGCGUCCCCGGCCACAGUGUCUCGUUGUGGGAUGGUGUACCUGGAGCCUAGCAUCCUGGGCCUCAUGCCCUUCACUGAGUGCUGGCUGAGGACGGUCCCCGAACCUCUGAGGCCCUACACAGACCAGCUCAAUUCCCUCUUCAUCAGGUUUCUCCAGGAUUCCAUCACGUUUGUAAGGAAGUCUGUGAAAGAGGUAAUCUUCUCCAUGGACAGCAACCUCACAUGCAGUCUGCUCAAACUGCUGGACUGUUUCUUCCAACCCUUCAUCCAUCGAGAGGGGGAGAGGCCUCUUCUGCAGGAGAAGCUUGACCGGUUAAAGGAGCUGAUUGAGCCCUGGUUCAUCUUCUCUCUGGUGUGGAGUGUGGGAGCCACAGGGGACGCCCCCAGCUGCCAGCGCUUCAGUGCUUGGCUCAGGGCCAAGAUGGCAGAGGAGAAGGUUGAGUUGUGUUUUCCAGAGGAAGGCCUGGUGUAUGACUACCAGCUUGAUGAUGCAGGAAUCAGCAACAUGGGAGACGAAGAGGAGGAGGACAGAGGGAGGAAGGUGCACUGGGUCAGUUGGAUGAAAUCUGCCCAGAAUGUGGUCAUCACGCCAGAGACCAGCUACUCUGACAUCAUCGUACCCACACCAGACACAGUCCGCAUUUCCUUCCUGAUGGAUAUGCUGCUGUCUAACAAGAAGCCUGUGCUGUGCAUUGGACCGACCGGCACAGGAAAGACCCUGACCAUGUCUGACAAGCUGCUGAAGAACAUGCCUGCUGAGUACAUUACACACUUCCUUAUGUUCUCUGCUCGCACUUCAGCCAACCAGACACAGGAUUAUAUUGAUAGCAAACUGGACAAGAGGCGUAAGGGUGUGUUUGGGCCUCCCCUGGGGAAGUAUUUUAUCUUCUUCAUUGAUGACCUGAACAUGCCCAUUCUGGAGACCUACGGGGCCCAGCCCCCCAUUGAGCUUCUCCGCCAGUGGAUGGACCAUGGAGGCUGGUAUGACAGGAAGCAGAUAGGCACUUUUAAACACCUGGUAGACAUCAACUUUGCGUGCGCUAUGGGACCCCCAGGAGGGGGCAGGAACCCCAUAACCCAGCGUUUCACACGCCACUUUAACUUCCUCUCCUUCACUGAGAUGGAGGACGCCAGCAAGAAGAAGAUCUUCUCUACUAUCCUGGGCAACUGGAUGGAUGGAAAUAUAAGUAAAAAGGAACCAGGGAGUAAGUCAGAGAGGGAGACAGAGAGACAGACGAAGGAGAGAGAGAAAGAGAAGACUGACGCUCUAGAAAUAUGGAACCAUGCAUCAUUAUUUUCUAAACUGUUAAAUUGUUACUGGUCUUUUACUCACACAAAAAGUAAAGUUCUCCAUAUGUCUUUGCUAAUUUUAUAUCCAACCCGUCUCCCUUAUCCCUUUUUUCCCUCAGGACCUGUUCCAGAGAUCCAGCCUCUGAACGGGCCUCUGGUGGACGCCACUAUCCGUGUCUACGCCACCAUCACUUCCCAGCUCCUUCCCACACCAGCCAAAUCCCACUACACAUUCAAUCUUAGGGACCUUUCCAAGGUCUUCCAGGGCAUCCUGAUGGCAGAGGCUACCAAGAUAGAGGACAAGAUGCACUUGCUGCAGUUGUGGUACCAUGAAAGCUGCCGGGUGUUCCAGGACCGGCUGGUGAGUGCUGAGGACCGGGACUGGUUUGAUAAGCUCCUACAGGCCCGCAUUGAGGAGUUUGGCUGCAGCUUUGAGGAUGCUGUGCCCUGCCAGCCGGUCCUGUUUGGAGACUUCAUGAUCCCCGGAGCUGACAACAAAGCCUACCAGCUCAUUGAGGACAAGGAGAAGCUGGCCAGAGUCAUGGAGGAGUACAUGGAUGACUACAACCAGAUCAGCACCACCAAGAUGAAGCUGGUGCUCUUCAUGGAUGCCAUCCAGCAUGUGUGCCGCAUCAGCCGCAUCCUGCGCCAGCCCCUGGGAAACGCCCUCCUCCUGGGGGUCGGGGGCAGCGGGCGCCAGUCACUCACCAAGCUGGCCACGCACAUGUCAGACUAUGAGUGUUUCCAGAUUGAGCUCGCUAAGAACUACGGCCACACAGAGUGGAGGGAAGACCUCAAGAGCAUCAUGCUGAAGGCUGGCCUGCAGAAUGUACAGAUCACCUUUCUGUUUGUAGACACACAGAUCAAGAGCGAGUCGUUCUUGGAGGAUGUGAAUAACAUCCUGAACUCUGGUGACGUGCCCAACCUCUAUGCGGUGGACGAGCAGGAGCGCAUCCUGACCGCUAUGAAGCCUGUGGUGCAGGACCUAGGCCAGCAGCCCACCAAAGCCAACCUCAUGACUGCCUACAUUAAAAGAGUCCGCAGUAACAUCCACACCGUGCUCUGCAUGAGUCCUAUAGGGGAGGUGUUCCGUGCGCGGCUCAGACAGUUCCCGUCUCUGGUGACCUGCUGCACUAUAGACUGGUUCAGUGCCUGGCCAGAGGAGGCCCUCCAGUCUGUGGCUGCCUCCUUCCUCUACGAGCUGCCAGAGCUGGAAGCCAGCCCCACCGCAAUGAAAGGCCUGAUUAUGAUGUGUGUGGAGAUCCACCAGAUGGUAGCCAGGAAAUGUGCGCAGUACCUGGCUGAGCUGUCCAGAUAUAACUAUGUCACGCCCAAGAGCUAUCUGGAGCUACUCGCAAUCUUCUCCUCCCUCAUCGGCCGCAAGAAACAGGAGCUGCACAGUGCCCGGCAGCGCAUGAAGACUGGCCUGGACAAGCUAUUGAGGACAGCAGAGGAUGUGAGUAAGAUGCAGGAGGAGCUGGAGAUGAUGAGGCCUCUGCUGGAGGAAGCUGCCAAGGACACAGUGAUCACCAUGGAGAAGAUCAAGGUAGACACUGUGGUUGCAGAGGAGACCCGUACGGCGGUGCAGGCAGAGGAAGCCAAAGCCUCACAGAAAGCAUGUGUGGCCGGUGCCAUCGCUGAAGACGCCCAGAAAGACCUGGAUGAAGCGCUGCCAGCUCUAGACGCCGCCCUCACCAGCCUCAAGUCUCUCAACAAGAACGACGUUGUUGAGGUGAGGGCCAUGCAGCGCCCGCCCCAUGGGGUGAAACUGGUGAUAGAGGCUGUUUGCAUCAUGAGGUCCAUCAAGCCUAAGAAGGUGGCCGGAGAGAAGCCAGGCACCAAGGUGGACGACUACUGGGAGCCUGGCAAGAGCCUUCUGCAGGACCCCGGGAAGUUCCUAGAGGGCCUCUUCAAAUUUGACAAAGAAAAUAUCCCAGACUCCGUGAUCAAAUUAGUACAACCCUACAUUGAUAAUGAAGAGUUCCAGCCAGCCAACAUUGCCAAGGUGUCCAAGGCCUGCACCUCCAUCUGCCAGUGGGUGCGAGCCAUGCACGUGUACCACUUUGUGGCCAAGGGUGUGGAGCCUAAAAGAAAAGCUCUGCAGGAGGCCCAGGAGGACCUGGCUGUGACCCAGCUCAUCCUGGACGAUGCCAAUGAGAAGCUGGCACAGGUGGAAGAGGGCAUCGCAACGCUGCAGGCCAAGUACCAUGACUGUCUGGCCAAGAGAGACGAGCUGGACAACAAGUGCCAGCUGUGUGAGAACCGCCUGGUCCGCGCAGACAAGCUGAUUGGAGGGCUAGCGGAUGAGAAGGUGCGUUGGAGGGAGACCGUGCAGCACCUGGAGUACAUGGUUAAUAACGUGUCAGGAGACGUGCUGCUAGCAGCAGGAUAUGUGGCCUACCUGGGACCCUUUACUGGAGAGUACCGGUCCUCCAUGGCAGAUGAGUGGCUGCGUGGCUUUAAAGAGCAGGGGGUGCCCCACACAGAGGAGCCCAACCUCAUCAGCACUCUAGGGGACAAGGUCAAGAUCCGCUCCUGGCAGAUCACAGGGCUGCCUAAGGAUACCCUGUCGGUGGAAAAUGGUGUGAUAACACAGUACUCUCAGCGCUGGGCUCUUUUCAUUGACCCACAGGGACAGGCCAACAAGUGGGUCAAAAACAUGGAGCGUGACAAUGGAUUGGACGUGAUGAAGCUGAGUGACCGGGACUUCCUGCGUAGUCUGGAAAAUGCCAUUCGCUUCGGGAAGCCUUGCCUACUGGAGAACAUCGGAGAGGAACUAGACCCUGCUCUAGAACCCGUCCUACUGCGACAGACGUUCAAGCAGCAGGGCAGCACAGUUCUGAAGCUGGGAGACGCUGUCAUCCCCUACCACGAUGACUUCAAAAUGUACAUCACCACCAAGCUACCCAACCCACAUUACUCACCUGAGAUCUCCACGAAGGUUACCCUCAUCAACUUCACCCUGUCCCCCAGUGGUCUGGAGGACCAGCUGCUGGGUCGGGUGGUGGCUGAAGAGAGGCCUGACCUGGAGGAGGCUAAGAACCAGCUGAUAGUGAGUAACGCUCGUAUGAAGCAGGAGCUGAAGGAGAUAGAAGACCAGAUCCUUUUCCGCCUCAGCUCCUCAGAAGGAAACCCUGUGGACGAUGAGGAACUCAUACGGGUGCUGGGAGCCUCCAAGAUCAAGGCCGGAGAGAUCCAGGCCAAAGUGAUGGUGGCUGAGGAGACUGAGCGGGACAUUGAUGCCACUCGUCUGGAGUAUGUCCCUGUGGCUGUGCGUACUCAGAUCCUCUUCUUCUGCGUAUCGGACCUUUCCAACGUGGACCCCAUGUACCAGUACUCCCUGGAGUGGUUUUUGAGCAUCUUCAUGUCGGGCAUUGCCAACUCCGAGAGGGCAGACACGGUGGAACAGAGGAUCAUCAGCAUCAAUGAGUUCUUCACCUUCAGCCUGUACAGCAACGUGUGCCGCUCUCUGUUUGAGAAGCACAAGCUCAUGUUUGCCUUCCUGCUGUGUGCUCGCAUCAUGAUGAAUGAGAACAAGAUCGAUAUGUCCGAGUGGCGGUACCUGCUGGCAGGGGGCAUGCCCCAGCAGCAGCUGUCCAACCCUGCAGUGAGGUGGCUGUCUGAGCGUGCCUGGCAGGACAUCUUGGGCCUCAGCGCUUUGCCCACCUUCAACAGCCUGGCAGACAGCUUCCCCAAACACAUGAAGGCCUUCAAGAGGAUAUUUGACAGCAGCGAGCCAAACAGGGAGCCAGUCCCAGGGGAAUGGAAUACCCAACUGGACUCUUUCCAGAAGCUGUUGAUAUUGCGCUGCCUGAGAGCUGACCGCAUGACUCACGGCCUGCAGGACUUUGUUGCUGCUCAUCUGGGCCAGCGCUUUAUAGAGCCACAGGCAUCAGAUCUGUCUGUUGUAUUUAAGGAGUCGUCCCCCUCCACGCCGCUCAUCUUCGUCCUAUCUCCCGGAACCGACCCUGCCGCUGACCUCUACAAGUUUGCUGAUGUCAUGAAGUUCUCCAAGAAGAUGAGUGCCAUCUCCCUGGGCCAGGGGCAGGGUCCCUGGGCUGAGGCAAUGAUGCACAGUGCCAUGGAGAGGGGCAAGUGGGUCUUCUUCCAGAAUUGUCACCUGGCACCCAGCUGGAUGCCCUCCAUGGAGAGACUCAUUGAGAACAUUGACCCAGAUAAGGUACACCGGGAUUUCCGUCUGUGGCUCACCAGCCUGCCCAGCAACAAGUUCCCCGUGUCUAUUCUGCAGAAUGGCUCUAAGAUGACCAUUGAGCCUCCCAGAGGCAUCAAGGCCAACCUGUUGAAGACCUACCUAAGCCUGAAUGAUGACUUCAUCACUACCUGCACCAGGGCUGCAGAGCUUAAGUCCCUGCUCCUGUCUCUGUGUCUGUUCCACGGUAAUGCCAUUGAGCGCAGAAAGUUCGGCCCACUUGGGUUCAACAUCCCAUAUGAGUUCACUGACGGUGACCUCCGCAUCUGUAUCAGCCAGCUCAAGAUGUUCCUGGAUGAGUACCAGGACAUUCCCUACAAGGUUCUGAAGUACACUGCAGGGGAGAUCAACUAUGGUGGUCGUGUGACCGAUGACUGGGACCGCCGCUGCAUCCUCAACGUGUUGGAGGACUUCUACUGUCCUGCUGUGCUCGGUGCCGACUACGCCUACUCCGCCUCCGGAGUCUACAGGCAGAUCGACACUGAGCUCGACAUCAAGGGCUACCUGGCGUACAUCCGUGGCCUGCCCAUCAAUGACACACCUGAGAUCUUUGGUCUCCAUGACAAUGCUAACAUCAGCUUUGCCCAGAACGAGGCGUUUGCCCUGCUGGGAGCCGUGGUGCAGCUCCAGCCUAAAGCAGCAGCUAGCGGGGGCAAGGCCAGAGAAGAGAUCGUAGAGGAGAUAGUGGCAGGCAUUGUUGAGAAGGUCCCCCAGCCUAUCAGUGUUCAGGAGGUGAUGACUAAGUACCCAGUCCAGUAUGAGGAGUCCAUGAACACAGUCCUGAUCCAGGAGGUCAUCAGGUAUAACCGGUUGUUAGUGGUCAUAUCCCAGAGCCUCAGUGAUAUUGUGAAGGCUCUGAAGGGCUUAGUGGUGAUGUCAUCAGAACUGGAGCUUAUGGCCAACAGCCUAUUCAUCAACAAAGUCCCUGAUAUGUGGCAGGCCAAGGCCUACCCCUCUUUGAAACCCCUGGCCUCCUGGGUGUCUGACCUGCUCCAGAGGAUCAAGUUCUUACAUGGCUGGAUCUCUGACGGUGUCCCGCCUGUUUUCUGGAUCAGUGGCUUCUUCUUCCCCCAGGCUUUCCUCACAGGAACACUGCAGAACUUUGCCCGCCGCUCUGUGGUCUCCAUAGAUACCAUUGGCUUUGACUUCAGGGUGAUGAGGGAGUCUGCCUCUGCGCUGAAGGAGAGGCCUGAGAUGGGUUGCUACAUCCACGGCUUGUUCCUGGAGGGGGCGCGCUGGGACGCCAAGGUAGGCCUGCUCACUGAGUCCCGGCCCAAAGAGCUCUACACUGAGAUGGCUGUCAUCUGGAUGGUUCCUGAGCCCAACCGCAAACCACCCACUUCAGGAGUUUACAUCUGCCCCAUCUACAAGACCCUCACACGUGCCGGAACUCUGUCUACGACAGGUCACUCUACUAACUACGUGAUCGCUGUGGAGCUGCCCACCCACACCACCCAGAGAUACUGGAUCAAACAGGGAGUGGCCCUCAUCUGUGCACUGGACUACUAAACACAAUCAACACACACACAGUUUCCCUUUCACUUACUACAUACACAACAAAAACAUCAAAAUCAAACAAACUGGACUUUCCUGGCAGGAUGCACAUUUUACUGAGGGGGAAUGUUUGUAUGUUUCUACAGUGCCUUCAGAAAGUAUUCAUACCCCUUGACUUAUUCCACAUUUUGUUGUGUUACUGCCUGAAUUCAAAAUAUAUUAAAUUGAAAUUUUGUCUCACCCAUCUACACACAAUACCCCAUAACGACAAAGUGAAAACAUGUUUUUAGACAUUUUUGAAAAUGUAUUUAAAAUUAAAUACAGAUAUCUCAAUUACAUAAGUAUUCACACCCCUGAGUCAAUACUUUGUAGAAGCAUUUUUGGCAGCGAUUACAGCUAUGAGUCUUUCUGGGUAAGUCUCUUAAGAGCCUUUCACACUAGGAUAGUGCAACAUUUGCCCAUUAUUUUUUUCAAUGUUCUUCAAGCUCUGUCAAUUUGUUGUUGAUCAUUGCUAAACAACCAUUUUCGGAUCUUUUCAUAGAUUUUGAAGUAGAUUUAAAUCAAAACUGUAAGUCAGCCACUCAGGAACAUUCACUGUCUUCUGAGUAAGCAACUCCAGUGUAGAUUUGUCCUUGUGUUUUAGGUUAUUGAUCUGCUGAAUGGUGAAUUCAUCUCCCAUUGUCUGGUGGAAAGCAGACUGAGGCUGGUUUUCCUCUAGGAUUUUGCCUGUGCUUAGCCAUUCCAUUUCUUUUUUAUCCUUUAAAACUCCCCAGUCCUUAAUGAUUACAAGCAUACCCUUAACAUGAUGCAGCUACCAUUAUGCUUGAAAAUAUAGAGAGUGUUACUCAAUAAUGUGUUGUAUUGGAUUUGCCCCAAAGUUAAUUGCUUUGACAAUUUUUUUGCAUUAUUAAUGCCUUGUUGCAAACCGGAUGCAUGUUUUGGAAUAUUUUUUAUUCUGUACAGGCUUCCUUCUUUGCACUCUUUCAAUUAGGUUAGUAAUUGUGGAGGACCUACAAUGUUGUUGAUCCAUCCUCAGUUUUCUCCUUUCACAGCCAUUAAACUCUGUAACUGUUUUAAAGGCACCAUUGGCCUCAUGGUGAAAUCCCUGAGCUGUUUCCUUCCUCUCUGGCAACUGAGUUAGGAAGGAAGCCUGUAUCUUUGUAGUGACUGGGUGUAUUGAUACGCCUUCCAACGUGUAAUUCAUAACUUUACUAGGCUCAAAGGGAUAUUCAAUGCCUGCAUUUUUUUUUACCCAUCUAUCAAUAGGUGCCCUCCUUCGCGAGGCAUUGGAAAACCUCCCUGGUCUUUGUGGUUGAAUCUGUGUUUUAAAUUCACUGCUCGACUUAAGGACCUUACAGAUAAUUGUAUGUGUGGGGUACAGAGAUGAGGUAGUCAUUCAUAAAUCAUUUUAAACACUAUUAUUGCACACAGAGUGAGUCCAUGCAACUUAUUAUGUGACUUUUUAAGCACCUUUUUAUUCCUGAAUUAAUUUAGUCUUACCAUAACAAACUGGUUGAAUAUUUAUUGACUCAAGACAUUUAAACUUUUCAUUUUAAAUGAAUUAGUAAAUAUGUCAAAAAACAUAAUUACACUAUGACAUUAUGGGUUAUUGUGUGUAAGCCAAUGACACAAAAAAAAUCUACAUUGAAUUCAUUUUAAAUUCAGGCUGUAACACAAAUGUGGAAAAAGUCAGCAGGUGUGAAUACUUUCUGAAGGCAUUGUACAUUGCCAACCGCAGUGAAGUUUAUUUUAGUUGUGCUAUUUUGGAAGAGGAGAGCAAUAAAGCAUUUUCCUCCACUAUAAUCCGAUAAUAUUUAAACUGAUGAACCAGUAAGGCACACCGUUUAUUCAAUGCACUUUAAGACUGUAUGCAAAGUUUAGUUCAGUCUAUAUUUAGUCUCUGCAAUAAAUGAUAUACUCUCAAGAUGUCAGAUUAA